AUGCUGCAGUGUAGACGGGCCGAAGAGUUCAGCUUUGGCCCCCGGGCCCUGAAGGAUGCCCUGGUCUCCACCAAUGCGGCUCUGCAGCAGCUCUACAUCUCUGCCUUCUCCCCUGCUGAGAGGCUCUUCCUGUCUGAGGCCUACAACCCCCAGAGGACCCUCUUCUGCACGCUGCUCAUCCACACUGCCUUUGACUGGCUCCUGAGCUACCCCGAGGCACCCGAGGACUUUGAGACCUUCCACGCCUCCCUGCAGCACAGGAAGCAAAGCCUGGCUCGGAAGCACAUUUACCUACAGCCAAUAGAUCUGAGUGAGGGGCCGGUGGGAUGCUCCCUGCUGGACUACCUGCGCAGAUGCGUGGAGGCCUUCUUCCUGGGCCUGCGGGUCAAGUGCCUGCCCUCAGUGGCGGCCACGUCCAUCCACUGCUCCUCGCGCCCUGGUCUGGACUCUGACAGGCUCCAGCUCCACACGGAUGGCAUCCUGUCCUUCUUGAAGAACAACAAGCCGGGAGACGCAUUGUGUGUGCUGGGCCUCACGCUGUCCGACCUGUACCCCCAUGAGACCUGGAGCUUCACCUUCGGCAAGUUCCUUCCAGGGCAUGAAGUGGGCAUCUGCAGCUUUGCCCGGUUCUCGGGGGAAUUCCCACAGUCGGGGCCCAGUGCCCCCGAUCCAGCCCUGGUAGAGGAUGCAGCAGAUGGCCCCAAGACCUUCCUGCAGGACAGAGGCCGGACCCUGUGCUUCAGUACUCUGGGGAUGGUCCAGUGCUGCAAGGUCACAUGCCAUGAGCUCUGCCACCUCCUCGGCCUAGGCAACUGCCGCUGGCUCCGCUGCCUCAUGCAGGGCACACUCAGCCUGGAUGAGGCCCUGCGGCGGCCGCUGGAUCUCUGUCCCAUCUGCCUGCGCAAGCUGCAGUACAUCCUGCGCUUCAAGCUCAUCGAGAGGUACAAGCGACUCUACAGCUGGACUCGGGCAGUGACGGGGACAUGGUCUGGCCAGGACGCAAGGGAGCCAUCUGUGUCGGAGGACACCCUGCCCUUCAGCGCCGACUCGGGCAUGUGCUGUGAGAGUGAUUCGGAGCCUGUCACCAGCCUGUCGGAGCCCCUCACCCCUGAUGCGUGCAGUCAUGCUUUCCCCUCAGGGCUGGAGCUGGAGCCUGAGGACGGGCUGAGCUCCCUGGUGGCCUCGGAGGCUCUGCCACAGCUCGGGGGCCCUGUGGAGGCCAUCAGGGAGCAUGAACGGUGGCUGGCCACGUGCAUCCAGGCGCUGGAGAGAGAAGUGGCUGAGGAAGAGGUGGUGCAGGUGGACAGAGCUGUGGAUGCCCUGGACCGGUGGGAGAUGUUCACGGGGCGGCUCCCGGCCACCAGGCAGGACCUGCCCUGCAGCAGAGACAGUGCUGGGCUGCGCAAGGUCCUGGGGGAUAAGUUCUCCUCUCUAAGAAAGAAGCUGAGCACGCGCAAACUCUCCAAAGCGGAGUCUUCUCCCUAUCACUGGAAGGAAGAGGAGAAUUAG